UUCCACCUACAUCCAUCCCAUUUAUAUCCAAUUCAAUUUCCUUCUUUCCUUCUUCAUAGAGAUAGAGAGAGAGAGAUGAAUAAAAAAGCGAAACAACAAAACCGGUUUGUCCGCAUAAUCACCACUCCAUACCGGGCCUUACGCAAGGCCCGUGACUUCUACGUCAGAAACAUGCUCGACUGCGCGAAUUCGAACGCGAUCGGGCUGCAGAGCUCCGGGCAGAGCGGGCCGGCCCUGCCUCGGAGCUUCAGCACGUCGUCGUCGGCCUCCCGCGACGACGACGCGGACUUCCGCGAGCUGGUCCGGGCCCGGACCAUCGGGGUCGAGAAUCUCGACGCCUACAUCAAGCAGGAGCGGAAGGCGAAGCACGGGCCGCCCCGAGUGUUGCCGCCGCGAAGCGCCAGCGUGGCAAUGGGGAGGAUUGAUGAGGAGAAGCCAAGUGGAUUCUUUGGCGAAGAUAUUAAAAUUGUCCGUCGGAAAUUCUGCCACUGUGCAGUGGGAAGUCCGUAUGACGUGGCAGUGCAGUGGGAAGUCCGUAUGACGCGGCAGAAGGUGUUUUUGAGAAUUCUGCGGAGAAUUCCGCCGGGAGCUCCGUGCCACUGCUUAUGCUCUUAGCUGAAUGUGGGAGCAU